UGAGGGACUACAAGGGGUUUUUCUCCCCCCUGAUAUUAGCCUACAGUUUGUACUACGGAUGGUGUGUAAAUGGAGUAUCCGAAGUCAUUCUGCAAACGUCUGGAUUUAACAGAAGCGUUGAUUUUUUUUUUGGUAGCGUGAUUCCUUCCGGCAAGUCAGCAGAAUGCCUGAUACAGGCACCGAUUUGCCUGGGAAUAUAGGGGCUGUUUAACAGUCUGGGUAUCUCGGAUUUCUUGAUUGUACUGUUUCGUACAACGCAAGUUUGUCUGUUUUUGGAUAAUGGAUGGCCGAGAUUGCGGACCCCCCAGAUCUGUGCAUGUACCCCCUCCUUUGCUCACGGGGUUGGCCAUGGAGACACACCGACUCGGACCGGCCGCUCCAGCCGGCAGGAUACCUCCUUCCCCGGGCCACUUGGGCGCGGGACACUCGGCGCCUCUCCAUACUGGAAAAUACUUGCCAUCGGCCAUUAACCUCCAUUCUCACCAUGGUGAUGCCUUCCCAGGUGGCUCCACCCCCUUCCUCAGUGGCUACGUCAGCUCCUCCAAUCCACACGGAGGCCCCGCUCCUAUGACCUCUGACCCAUCCUUCAGGGCGCCCAACCCCACCAACCUACAGAUGGCUCAGCUCUGGGCCUCUCAUCUCCACGAGGGUUUGUCGCACCUGCCCGGCAGUCUGUACCCCAGCCCCUACAUUCCACUGGGACACCUGGAGCACCCCAGCAGCGGAAGCCCAAUCCACGCUCAGCUGGGCCAGCACACACUCUUCGACCCACAGAAAGAGGGAUUUUACCUGCCAGGUCAUGGAGGACAGUCCAACUUGCAUUCCCAGCCUUCACUCUCCAGGACCCCGGCUGCCCACACGCCCGGCGCUGUCCCCAGAGAGAGGGAGGGCCUCCCCCACCACAGGAGCAGCAAGGACCCCGCCAGGGAAGCGGGCAAAGAGAAGCCCUACAAGAGCGAAUCUACCGAGCCCCUCCCGCGCAGUCAGAGGGACAGAGACCGAGACAGGCUCAAGGAGGAGUCCAGGCCCCGCAGCGUUGUGGACCUCACCCAGGACGUGAAGGCGGAGGAUGAGCGUAAACCGGGCGGUCCAGACAGGCCUUUCAAAAAGACGUCGCCUUUCUUUCGUGAGCGCUCGCCCUGUUCGGGGUCCGGGGAACCAAAGCCUGGGCCGCCCCUGCAGACCUCCUCACUGACUAACUGCAGGAGCGGCAAUGGUGUCCCCUGUCUGAGCUCCCUGGGGGCAGAGCGGGACAGGUGGCCUAAGGACCCGGGCCCCGAUGACGAAAACACAAGGCCGGGGAUGCCGCUGCACGGGGACAAGGGGAAGAAAUGUGACUCGUCAGUGACGUCGGCUGGGGCGUUGCACCUGUCCCGAGGUUGCCCCUCCCCUCACAGCAACCCCUCCCACCUCCCCCCCAGGCUGGUGCCCUCUGGGAUGUACCCCCUGCCCCCUCACCACCUGCCGCCCGGCCUGUACCCCCUGUACCCCACAGUGAGAGAGCACGGCAGGGAGCACAGAGUGAUUGCGCCCACGUUUGUGCCUUCUGUUGAGGUGUACGACGAGAGACACGGGCCCAUCCAAAUCGCCUCGCAGGCCAGGGACAAUAAAAAUGACAAAAACGGGGAAAAGGACCGGACAGGGGGUGAGAGGACUGUCUCGGACACUGCACGGCCACCCCCUGCCCAUGAGUCCUCUUCCCAUGGGGAGAACAAGAGGACAGAGACAUUACGGGAAGAGGGCUCGGUUAUUCGAUCGAACUCUUUUGCUGUUCGGAGACCUCCACCCUCAGAUGCUUGCCUGAGCCGAUCGGGGCAUAGCCCUGAAGCCUUGGACUUGGUCUUAGCAAGCUCCUCCUCCAGGGAAAUGAGCAAAAUGGCUCUGGAGGCUGAAGCCAGUGGCCAGGAGCGUGACAGGCUUCAGAGGGCAUCCUUGAGGGAUUCGGCCUUAACGUACAGUGGGAUAGAUUCAGCCAGGAUGCAGAGUUUUUCCACCCCAGAACACAAAUGGAAGCCCUUUGAGAUGGACAGCUAUGCUGCCAGUCAGAUGAGCUCCCUCGCAGUCCAGCAUGGGCAGGGUGGCAGGGGGGAGGAGGAUGGGAAGAAGGUGUACCUGGACACAGCUAUGAGUGGGCCCCCCAGGGGCGGCCACGAGGGGCUGCGUUCUGACUCGCCCGGGGAGGUGUCUGCCAUGCAGAGCCUGAUAAAGUACAGCAGCAGCCUCACCAAGGGCUCUGGCUCCAGGCCUAGAUCCGACACCAGGAGCCCGUUCGGAGGCCUGGGCAAUUUGAAGCUGGAGGGCGGUCAGCCCAGAGCCUCCAAGGUCCAGCACCUCCCGCCCCAGCAGCCCGGGAAGCAGCUAAAACGGGACCCCGAGCGGCCGGAGAGCGCCAAGUCCUUCGGACGCGAAAGCAUCGGCUCCCAGGGGGAGGUGGAGGUCAGGCACCCUCCUGUGGGCAUCGCCGUGGCCGUGGCACGCCAGAGGGACAACGGAAGCAAGCCCAGUUCAGGCCUGGUGGAGCGAGACCGCCCCCUGCUGGUGGGCAGCAUCAAAGGCUCAAGCCGUCCGGAGGAGGAGAGAGGGGAUGAGGGUGUCCGUCACCGUGACGACCGUCUGCUGGCAGGCCGACUGGAACGCGAGCAGGAGAAGCUACUGCGAGAGAACAAAGAGCUGGCAGAGUACACGCAGAUGCACCCCCCAGAGGCCUCAGCCAGUGGUCUGAACCCCAAUCUGAUGGUGACGGGAGGCCCCGCCCUGGCUAGCUCUGGGAGGUGGCCUGCAGACCCUGCCUCCCACCUGGCUUCUCACCCCUGGAUGCCCCGCCCAGGUGGCCCCUCCAUGUGGCUUCCCGGGUCUCCCUACGGGCUGGGGCACCCCUCCCUCCAUCAAGGCCUGCCCCCGGGAUACCCCCCAACCCUUCCGGGAUCCAUCCCUCCUCCUUACCAGUUUGCUCGGGACCCCCAGUCAGGACAGCUGCUCGUCAUUCCCACAGAGCACCUGCCACACUACGCCGCGGAGCUGAUGGAACGAGCCCCCCCGCUGUGGUCGGCCAUGUACCCGCCGGCGGGCGGCUCUCUGCAGCACGCCCAGCAGCUGCAGCUCCUCUCCCAGCAGCAGCUGCUGCGCCAGCAGGAGCUCUACAUGAUCCAGCAGCAGGCCGCCCAGGUCAUGGAGCUGCAGAGGAGCGCACACUUCGUGGAGAGAUUGAAGGCCAGUGAACAAAGAGCCGAAAUGGAGGACAAAGCAGCCAAGAGAGGCAGUGACGCUGGCAAGCAGGGUCUGUCCGCUACAUCCACCCCAGCUUUGCAUUCCCGAAAGCUGCCCCCUCGCUCCCCAACGCCCACCACCUCUUACGAGAAGGCCAUGACACCCCUGGCCUCCCCUGUCACCUCCCUCAAAUCAGAGGGCAGACCAAAAAGUGAGAAGUCCCUGCCCCAGCAGUCCUAUUCCCACCCCUGUACCCCUGCCCCGCACCCACCCAGCCCCGCCUCUGCCCCUUCUCCACCGCCUGCUCCCAUCCCACCCAAAGAGGAGUGUGUGGAAGUAUGUGAGGAAAAAGAGCUGGACCUACAGAAAUGUGUUUCUGCACCCCUCCAAGCCUUGUAUCCUGAAGCGCCUUCAGGGUACCCAUACCAAUCGCUCACCUCGCCGUUUGGCAGCCACUACCCUUACCUCCUCCAGCCCGCCGCGGCGGCCGACGCCGACGGGCUGGCGCCGGAUGUGCCGCUGCCGGCGGAGACCCCGGAGCGCUCGGCCGCCACGGCUGACGUGAAGCCCAGGCGGCUGCGCUCCCCCGCGGUGGUGGAGCCCCUGCUGGCCUCCCGUGAGGAGCGACCCGUGAAGGAGGAGCCCGGCCUGGAGGACAGCAAGGACGAGAUGGGGCCCCUCCGCAGCUCGGUGCCCCUCCGCAGCUCGGUGCCCCUCCGCAGCUCGGUGCCUGCGCCAGUAAUCACCAGCCACGAUCCCCGGGCGACCGCCAUGCCGGAGAGCUGCUCCCUGGGCACGGCCGUGCCGCAGGAAGGGGGCGCUGUGGAGGAGGAAGAGGAGGAGGAGGAAGGAGGGAAGGUGAAACUAGAGGAAGUGUCCGUCCAAAGCUGCCAAGCUUCAUACCAAGUGCCUGCCCCGGGUCCCGUCUCGGGGGCAGAUUCCAAAGUUCCGGAGGGAUCCGCCAGCCCCAUGGUAUUGCACCGUCCCCCCUCGGAAUGUGCCAGUGAAUCCCAAGUGCAGAGCAGCAUGCUCGGGGAACCAGACCACCCCCUUCGUCAGCCUGAGGAGGCUGCUGUGGGGCAUGAGCUGGAAGAGCCAGCCUCUGAGGCCUCUGAUAGGAUAGAGGCUGCCUGCGAGGUGCCGUUCUUCACACCGGCCGGCCACCCCCCUCUCCAGCCUCAGCCUCAUCCACCUUCACUGGACAUCGUGCCUGAGGACCCCAUGGCUGGCAUGAUUGCUCUGUUGGCUGCCAGUGAGCUGCCCCAGGCCUGCCUGCUCCCGACCCUGACUGACAUGCAGGAGAGCCCCUCAAACGCCAUCCCUCUAGAGUCUGCGGAUAUGGAGGGAAUGACCCUACUGGGAGAGGUGGCCGAGCUGGAGCUGGAGAGGCGUCGCAGUGACUUCCAGUGCAUGGCACACUGUGGACUGGAAAGCUUGCUGUUAGCGGGCAGACAGGUGCUCCUGGAGGCACUAGAGGCGAAACCCAUUGUCACCAUCCGCCUCCCGAGAGAGCUCAACCCCAACAGGAAGUACAGCUGGACACAGAAGAAGGAUGAGCCUCUGUUCUCCAAGGUGGCCCUGGAGGGGAUGGACGCCAUGGAGGUGGACUACCGCACGCGGCUGGCGGAGCUGCAGAGGAAGUACAAGGACAGGCAGAGGGAGCUGGUGAAGCUGCAGAGACGCAAGGACCGCGAAGAGAAGCAGCAGGCAGAAGAGAAGAGCAGGACUUUGGCCCGGAGAGGCCCGGGAAGGCCCAGAAAGAGGAAACUUGGUCUCUGUGCUCUCUCGCCUCCUGCUGGGAAACUGGACACCAAGUGUGGAAAGUUUGGCAGGAGUCUGCCUGUCUCUGAAGACUCUGAGGCUGGAGAGGUACAGAGAAAGCGCUUUCGGGGGCCCAGCCGUGAUGAGGAAGAUGAGAUGGAGGGCGGAGUGGUGAAAGUGAAGAGGAAGAACAGGCACUGGGCUGACCGAGAGGCCUCCUCCAGCUUCUCUCAGGAGAUGCAGAUAAAGAGAAGCAAAAAGAGGAGAGUGAGUGAGCAGGAGCAAUUGGCAACCAAACUGGACAAGGCCUUGUCGCUCACAAAAAUGGGUAAACUCCACAAGUCUCCUUUUCAGUUCGCGGAAGGCGCCUCAGGGAAACCCAGGUCAAGCUCCGGGAGUUGCAGUAGGCUCUCCAUGCUCCAUGAAAUGGAGCUGAAAGCCAAUUCGGGCAAGCAGAGUCUUUCGAAAGGCCUCGGCAUCUUUCAGAAGUCUUCCAAAGGAGGUAAAAACAAGAUGGCUGCCAAAGCAAAGAACAUGGAACCCUGCCUAAAUGUGAAAGGUCAACGGAAAGUAUCGCACUCUCCUGCGCGGUCGGAAGUCAGCAGCUACUCCAACAAUACAGACACAGAAGAGGAGGAGGAGGAGGAAUCGAUGGAGGUGUGGCCACCCCGGCCCAUUUUGGGGAGGGCUGGAGCGCGGGCCGGAGGGUCGAAGAAGAGCGGCCCAUCACCGAAGAGGGGCGAGGCGUCGGGACAGCUGUACUCCAAACGGGCACUCGGCAAGACGAAACACAAGCACUUUGCUUUACUGCUGCGGGAGGCGGGGGCCAGCUCCUCAGAGGACUCGUUUGAACAAGAGUACUUCACAGAGAAAGAAGACUGCGAGGAUGAAGAAGAGGAGGAAGAAGAAUAUGACUAUGAGCUGGACAGGAGCGAUGGGCUUUGCUCCCCUUCGCUGGAGGAGAGUGGGCUGGGUCUUCUGGCCCGCUUCGCAGCCAGUGCCCUCCCCAGCCCCAUCGUCUCCACCCCCAUCUCUGUCGUCCAGCUGGAAGCCAAGCAGAAGGCCAGAAAGAAGGAAGAAAGGCAAAGCCUUCUGGGUACAGAGUUUGAAUACACUGACUCUGAGAGUGAUGUUAAGAUAAGGAAGAAAUUCCCCUCUCUGCUGCACGGGUUGAGGGCUGCUCCAGAGCUCCCCCUGCUGGCACCAGUGAGCACUCUGCGGGAGGAGCCCAGCUCUACCAAGCCUAGGAUGACCGAACGAGGCAGAAAACCCAAGGCGAGGCUGCCGCGGGCAUUCAGCUUGGACACGGGGACGGAGGCCAGCGAUGAGGAGCGGUGGACACGCAGGAGGAGCGAACGAAUCUUCCUCCACGACGCCGCCAUGUCCACCCCGGUGUCCCCCUCCACCCCUGCCCCUGCCCCUAAACCCGCCCGCUGCCCGAAGAAGGAGGCCGCCAAACCGAAGGAGGUGAAGGACACGGGCAAGAAGAAGAAGGGGAAGGAGAGCCCUGUGUCCCCCGCCCCCCCGCAGCUGCCCAGUCCUGCUGCAGAGAGCCGCGUGGCCCUGCCGUGCUUGCCUGUCGGUCCGGGACGCAGGAGCAAGGUCAAGGCCAAGCCCAGAGAGGUCAAGAAAGAGGCUCGAGGAAAGGGCGGAGCUGUCAGCAAGCUAAUGGAGAGCAUGGCUGCCGAUGAGGACUUCGAGCCCAAUCAGGACAGCAGCUUCUCUGAGGAUGAGAACGUCCCGCUCAGUGGCCCUCCAGACCGUCCCAGCACCCCCGCCCCUCGGAACUGCGUGAUCCAGAAGGAGGAGCUGAAGGAUGGCCUGCGUGUCCUCAUCCCUAUGGACGACAAGCUGCUGUAUGCCGGACAUGUCAACACCGUCCACUUGCCAGACAUAUACAGAGUGGUGGUGGAGGGGGAGCGAGGAAACAGGCCGCACAUCUACUGCCUGGAGCAGCUGCUACAGGAAGCGAUCAUUGACGUGAAGCCUCCCUCUGUGAAGUACCUCCCUGAAGGCACCAGGAUUGCGGCCUACUGGAGCCAGCAGUACCGCUGCCUGUAUCCGGGGACAGUUGUCAGGGGAAACCCCGACACAGACGAGGACGAUGAUUUGAUCACUGUGGAGUUCGACGACGGGGACACGGGCAGGAUCCCCCUGUCGCACAUUCGAAUGCUACCCCCGGACUACAAGAUCCAGUGUGCAGAGCCUUCUCCAGCUCUCCUAGUGCCCAGCACGAAGAGGCGGGGCAGGAAAUCUAGCAAGGAAGCAUCAGAGAGCAAGGAGGCUGGCUCCCAGACCUCAGAAGAGCCGGUUCCAAAGAGCAGAGGACGGGGAAGAAAACCUAAGUCACAACCCGAGCCUGAGGUGGUUCCAGAGGAGCGUGAAAAGGCAGAAAUGUCAGCCGCCCCUGAGGCACAGGAUACACCCCCUUCCUCCAGGAGACCAGCAUCCCGGCCAGGCAGAAAACGGCAACAAGGGAACUCCGCCAGCUCCCCUGACGUGACACCUGAUGAAACCCAGAAGAAAACUGCACAGGUCAAUGCUGCGGCGAAAGUCAGCCCACAGCCACAGGCCCUCUACACUCCCCCCGUCUAUGGAAAAGUCCUUUCCGUUGACCUCUACGCAGAGCCGUCCGGGUCGCUGGGCUCUUUCCUGUCAAACAAUGGCAACCUGGGAAAAGUUAAAUCGGCCAAGAAAGGAAGAAAGAGUGAGGAGCUUCAAGAAACUGGGCCAGGGGCAAGGGCGCAGAGAAAGCCACCGCAGGCUGAGAUCCUGAUCAAGCUGGACCACGAAGGGGUGAUGUCCCCCAAGACCAAGAAGACUAAGGCCCUGAUGAUGAUGGAGGACCAGAGGCUCUCCAAAAGAGAGAACAAGGCUGUCAUGGGUGUUGCUUAUACGGCAGUCACAACAGGGGAGACCAAUCAGAAAUCGAGCAAGGCCAAAGCUCCAGAGAAGGACGGUCCAAAGACUGCUGCUGUCUCCACCUACAAUGUCAGGAAGCUGGGCAGCAGUGGGGAUGGUGUGGUGAAGGUCAAGAAUGCGGAAGUUAACAAGGUGGAGGAGUCCGACAGCAGCAGCAGCACUGGCUCUGAGUCCGAAGGGGAGGGAAAAGAGCAGGAGAAGGAGAAGAAAGCGCAGGAAGACACCGGCUCCAGCAGCUCUAGGGCCUCCAGCCCAGCCUCGUCCAACUCCUCCAGCUCUUCCACCAGCAGCUCCUCCUCAUCCUCCUCCUCCGGCUCCACUUCAUCUUCCUCCGCCUCAUCGUCGUCCUCAUCUUCCUCCUCCUCAACCACAACCGACGAGGACUCCCCCUGCAGCUCAGAUGAGGAGACGACAAGCUCGCCUCCGCACUCUUCCUCUGCCCCAAAGAGCCCCCCACAAGCCGAGGAUAAGCCAGCAAUCCCACAGAAGACCCCCGCCCCUGUCCCAACCAAAGGCCAGAAACGGCAGCAGCCCCAGCAGAAGGGGCAGAAACAGCAAGGGAAGAGCCGCCCCAAAAGACGAGAAGGUAUCCAUCUUCCGACCACUAAGGAGCUGGCCAAGCGCCAGAGACUGCCCUCGGUGGAAAAUAGGCCCAAGAUAUCUGCCUUCCUCCCAGCCAGACAGCUGUGGAAGUGGUUUGGAAAACCUACACAGCGGCGAGGGAUGAAAGGAAAGGCGAAGAAGCUGUUCUACAAGGCCAUCGUGCGCGGGAAGGAGAUGAUCCGUAUCGGAGACUGCGCCGUGUUCCUGUCCGCUGGACGGCCCAACCUGCCCUACAUCGGCCGGAUCCAGAGCAUGUGGGAGUCCUGGGGGAACAACAUGGUGGUCCGUGUCAAGUGGUUCUACCACCCGGAGGAAACCAACCCAGGGAAGAAGCUUCAUGAUGGAAAGAUUUGGGAUCAGAAAUCUGCAAAGGGGCUCCAUGCAGCUCUACAGGCGUCCACUCAGAGGAAGGACUUUAUGGAGCGUGCCCUGUACCAGUCAUCCCACAUCGACGAAAACGACGUGCAGACCGUCUCUCACAAGUGCCUGGUGGUUAGCCUGGAGCAGUAUGAGCAGAUGAUCAAAACCAAGAAGUACCAGGACAGCGAAGACCUCUACUACCUGGCGGGGACCUACGAGCCCACCACAGGGAUGAUCUUCAACACGGAUGGCGUUCCCAUUAUCUGCUGAACACACCUCUAAUACCCCUCACUCUUGUUCUUCCGCAUGUUCCACAGGUGAAGAACAAAUGUGGCUCUGGUGGACAGGUAACCUGCAAUGUUGACAUGCACAGGGGGAAUAGCUUGAUAACUGUUUGCGGCCGCUGAUGACACAGAACGCGGUUUAGUGAAGAAGA